CAUUUUCCUCCGCCGAACGGAAAACUCUAUAACGCGCAUCGCCGACUUAGCAUCGAACAAAGUUGAAUCCAGGAACUACAUCUUAAAAAAUCCAGUAUGGUUGUAUCCGUGAAGGUCUUCAAGAAGGCCACGCCCAACGGCAAGGUCACCUUCUAUCUGGGCCGCCGCGACUUCAUCGAUCAUCUGGACUAUUGUGAUCCCGUUGAUGGGGUUAUUGUGGUGGAACCGGACUAUCUGAAGAACAGGAAGGUCUUUGGCCAACUGGCCACCACCUAUCGUUAUGGCCGCGAGGAAGAUGAGGUCAUGGGAGUGAAGUUCUCCAAGGAACUGAUCCUGUCGCGAGAACAGAUCGUGCCCAUGACCAACCCUAACAUGGAGAUGACACCCAUGCAGGAGAAACUAGUCCGCAAGCUGGGCUGCAAUGCUCACCCAUUCACCUUCCACUUCCCGCCCAACUCGCCCAGCUCUGUGACCCUUCAGCAGGAGGGCGAUGACAAUGGCAAGCCUCUGGGUGUGGAGUACACCAUCCGUGCAUUUGUGGCCGAUUCCGAGGACGAUCGCCAGCACAAGCGCAGCAUGGUCAGCCUGGUGAUUAAGAAGCUCCAGUAUGCUCCCCUCAAUCGUGGCCAGCGUUUGCCCAGCUCGCUGGUCAGCAAGGGCUUCACCUUCUCCAAUGGCAAGAUCAGUCUGGAGGUUACGCUGGAUCGGGAGAUAUACUACCAUGGCGAGAAGACGGCAGCCACCGUUCAGGUUUCGAACAACUCGAAGAAGUCCGUGAAGAGCAUCAAGUGCUUCAUUGUGCAGCACACCGAGAUCACCAUGGUGAAUGCCCAGUUCAGCAAGCAUGUGGCCCAGCUGGAGACCAAGGAGGGCUGCCCCAUUACCCCGGGCGCCAAUCUCACCAAGACCUUCUACCUGAUUCCUCUGGCGGCCAACAACAAGGAUCGUCAUGGUAUUGCCUUGGAUGGGCACUUGAAGGACGAGGAUGUCAACCUGGCCUCAUCCACCAUGGUGCAGGAGGGCAAGUCCACGGGAGAUGCCUGUGGUAUUGUCAUCUCGUACUCGGUGCGCAUCAAGCUUAACUGCGGUACUCUGGGAGGAGAGAUGCAGACGGAUGUGCCCUUCAAGCUGCUCCAACCGGCACCUGGCACCAUUGAGAAGAAGCGCUCGAAUGCCAUGAAGAAGAUGAAGUCCAUCGAGCAGCACCGCAAUGUGAAGGGCUAUUACCAGGACGACGAUGACAAUAUUGUAUUCGAGGACUUUGCCAAGAUGCGUAUGAACAACGUUAACAUGGCGGACUAAGCCAGCGAUCUGUGGAACUAUCUUCUUCUAGCUUUGUUGUGAACCAAAUUGAAUUGAACCGAAUCGAAAGCACUGAAAACUUGUUGCAGCAGUCUCUCGUGGAGGCCACAAUCUUUGUAUUAUAAUCGUAUCUAUAACGCUCUCUGUGUAGUAACUUUGGUGGAUCUGGAGUUUGUACCCGUACAUAUGCAUGUUGAAGUGUUGAGCCGACCUCGUGUCCCUAUAUUAUAAAUGUGUUAUGGCUAUCAAAA